AUCUGUGCAAAGGACAUCAGCGACGAUUUGAUGAAAGAGUUUGCUUUUCUUUCUGGUGGCCGAGGGAAGGACAAGGCUUGGAUUAUCACCCUCCCCGACAACGCUCGCUUCAACGAGGUGCCCGAGGAGACCGUGUCUAAAGUCUUAACGUACCUAACGUCAGUCCCGAGUCAACAUGAGUCUGACACCAAAUUUAUCCUAAUCCUGGAUAGAAGAUUGGACACGUGGACAUCUGUCAAAAUGACUCUCCAAAAAAUAGCAGCGUCUUUCCCAGGGAACCUGCACUUAGUGAUGGUUCUUCGUCCCACGGGGUUUUUCCAGCGCACCUUCACUGACAUUGGGUUUCGGUUCAGCCAGGAGGAUUUUCUACUCAAGUUACCGGUUGUUAUGUUGAGCUCCGUUAGCGACCUGCUGACAUACAUUGAUGAGCAGCAAUUAACGCCGGAGUUUGGAGGUACCCUGGAGUACUGCCACAGCGAGUGGGUCAUCUUCAGGACCGCGAUAGAGAGUUUUGCACUAACCGUGAAGGAAAUUGCACAGAUGUUACAAUCCUUUGGCACGGAGCUGGCAGAGACCGAGCUACCGGACGACAUGUAUUCAAUCGAGCGCAUCCUGGCCCUGCGCACGGAGAAGUACUACCAGCUCAAGGAAGAUAUUACAGCAGUCACAAAAGAGGGAAAACUGCUUUUGAGCAGUUUUGAAGAGCCUGACUCCGGGGAAUGCAGUCAGGACCAACACCGCGAGAGGCCUGGGGACUGGGAGACCGUGAAUCGGUUACUCGGUCAGCUGCGUGAGAUGGAGACUGCUUUUGAUGGCUUCUGGGAAAAACAUCAAUUAAAAAUGGAGCAGUAUUUGCAGCUGUGGAAGUUUGAGCAAAGUUUUCAAGAGGUCAAGAAUGCCAUUGAGUUUUUAAUGGGUCAGCAAGCGGAGCUGCCUGACACUGGCGACAGUGUCCCCCAAGUGAAACAGAGGCUCAAGGACUUGGGUCAUUUCGAUGGUAUGGCUCAGGAUCUGAUAGGGAAGGCUCAGGUGGUGAUACUACACGGACACCAGCUAGCAGCAAAUCAUCACUACGCGCUCAACUUAAUCUGCCAGCAAUGCAACGAGCUGCGGCACCAUUCCGAUCUCUUGUCUGACGAGAUCAAAAGGAAGCAGAUGCGGCUGCAGAAGACCUUGGAUCUCCAUACCCGCCUUCAGCAGGCUCUGCAGUGCUGUGACGAGGGCGCCUACCUGCUCGCCAACCAGCAGAUGGAUAAGUGCCAGUCUAAAGAAGGCGCUCAGAAAGCUCUCCAGGACAUAGAAAGAUUUCUUGAAAGCUCUUCAGCCUACUUAAACUAUGAUCCCCAAGCUCUACACUACGAUUUUGAGUCAAUCUUAACAUCGGAAUUGAAGUGCCAGAUACAGUCAGUGCAGGUCAAGCUUGAAAACGUUCGAAGCAUGUUUGAGAAUCGGCAGUCUUGCUUCAAGAAGCUGUUGGAUAAACACGUGCGGCCAGUCCAAUUAGUAGCCCCUCGGCCAGAAAAUCCACCGAGAUCAAAAUCACCACUAUUCUCUCCUAAACACGGUGUGGAUUUUAAUUCCAGUUUGAAAUUUUCAUUUGAUCUCUCUCUUCCUGGGAAGAAAACAUCAAGAAAAACUCCAAGUUCUCGCAAGAUCGAAGUAAUGCACGACUACCAGGAAAAACGGAAUUCCUUGCAGUCUUUUAUUUCAGACAGUGACGACAACUUAGAUAUACUAAAAGGCCACGUCAUAAAUGAGCUUAUAGAAACUGAGAGAGUGUAUGUAGAGGAGCUCUUCACUGUUUUGACGGGCUACAGAGCCGAGAUGGAUAACCCCGCCAUGCUCAUCCUCAUGCCUCCCGUGCUGAGGAACAGGAAAGAUGUCCUCUUCGGGAACAUGCCCGAGAUAUACGACUUCCACAACAAAAUUUUCCUGCACAGUCUGGAAAGCUGCCUGGGAGCACCCGAGAGAGUGGGAUUUUGUUUCCUAGACAGGCGACAGGAUUUCCAGAUGUAUGAGAAAUACUGCCAGAACAAGCCCCGGUCGGAGUCCCUGUGGAGGCAGUGCUCCGAAAGCACCUUCUUCCAGGAAUGCCAAAGAACAUUGGAGCACAAACUCGGGCUGGAUUCCUAUUUGCUCAAACCAGUGCAGCGCCUGACAAAAUACCAGCUACUUCUGAAGGAGUUGCUAAAGUACAGCACGAGCUGUGAUGGAGUUCAGGAACUUCAAGAAGCUCUGGUUGCAAUGCUGGAUUUGCUGAAGUCAGUCAACGACUCUAUGCAUCAGAUUUCAAUAACAGGAUAUGAUGGUGACCUGAGCGAACUGGGGAAAGUAUUGAUGCAAGGAUCUUUCAGUGUUUGGACAGGACACCGAAAAGGUCCAACAAAAAUGAAGGAUCUUGCCAGGUUCAAGCCAAUGCAGAGGCAUCUGUUCCUGUACGAGAAAGCCUUGGUCUUCUGCAAGAAGCGAGAGGAGCAUGGAGAUGGAUAUGACAAAACCUCAUCUUACAGCUUUAAGCAUUUUUUGAAAAUGAAUGCAGUUGGAAUAACUGAGAACGUGAAAGGAGAUCAUCGGAAAUUCGAAAUCUGGUAUAGUGGGCGAGAAGAGGUCUAUGUCGUGCAGGCCCAAACGGUAGAUCUGAAGAUGGCGUGGUUGAAUGAAAUAAGAAAAAUUUUGUUCAAGCAGCAGGAGCUUAUAAAAGUGGAGAAGCAGCAGCCCGGCUCCUGCGUGGACCAGCUCCCGCUCUCCUCCCAGCUGAGUGAUGGAAAGCAGCAGAGAGCCUCCAUAAGCUCAGAGGAGAACGACUCGGAGCGCACCAGCCCGGUGAUGCUGGAGAGCGGGCUCCUGUCCCCCCAGAACAAACCCCACAGAGGCUGGCCAGGAAUGUCACAGUCCCUGGAAAUCUGCGAGGGGCUGGAGGAGUGGUCGGGUAACCAGUACCUCUCCAACUGCUCGGACACCGAAGAGGAGGAUGGGAACCAGCUGUCUCCAGGAAAAUACACAGCCCUUGCGGACUGCAAGAGGAGAGGAUCAGAAGACCUGCUGGUGAAAAAUGGGGAUGAAAUUCAGCUUUUGCAUGAAGACGGUGAGGGACAGUGGUUGGUGAAAAACCUAAACAGAAGAAAAGAAGGCUGGAUUCCUGUCCACAGUCUGCAGAUAGUAGUGGGUGACUGCAGAUUUCGGAAUGCCAAAGUCGCAGAUUUAUACCUUGGCCCUAACAAGAACCUCCCACCACAGGAUGGCUGA